GCGAUGAGACAAUAAGCGAGGCCUCCAUUGGCUGCCCGGGGAGGAUAGGCCAAUCGGAGAAGAGGUUAGAGGGAGGCGGCAGAGAGAGGUUGAGGGGUUAUAGGAAGCUAGGAUUAGCGGCAAUCGGGAGGCUAGAACCCAGAGCGUGGUCGGUUGGAGCAAAUAUGUCUGUCCGGAGGCACAUUGGGAAUCCCGAGUAUUUGACCAAAAGGAUACCUCAGAAUCCAAGAUAUCAGCAUGUCAAAUCAAGACUGGACACUGGUAACAGUAUGACUAAAUACACUGAGAAACUAGAAGAGAUCAAAAAAAAUUAUAGGUACAAAAAAGAUGAGCUUUUUAAGAGACUAAAAGUUACAACUUUUGCCCAGCUGGUCAUCCAGGUUGCUUCCCUAUCUGAUCAAACACUGGAAGUGACAGCGGAGGAGAUUCAGAGGCUAGAAGAUAAUGAUUCUGCAACUUCGGACCCUGAUGCUGAAAUUACUGCAGGGACCAACGGGAAAGGGAGCCUGGGUGAGCAGUCACCUAGCCCUGUCCAGUUCAUAAACAACACAGGAGCAGGGGACUCCAGUCGCUCAACUCUUCAGAGCGUCAUCAGUGGUGUUGGGGAACUGGAUCUGGACAAAGGGCUAGUGAAGAAAGCAGAGCCCAAUACCAAAGACAAACCUUAUCCUGACUGCCCCUUCCUGCUGUUAGAUGUGCGUGAUAGAGAUUCUUACCAGCAGUGCCACAUUGUUGGAGCUUACAGUUACCCAAUUGCAACUCUGUCUAGAACAAUGAACCCUUAUUCAAAUGAUAUUCUUGAAUAUAAAAACGCCCACGGCAAGAUCAUCAUUCUGUACGACGACGAUGAAAGGCUGGCCAGUCAGGCAGCCACUACCAUGUGCGAGCGGGGGUUUGAAAAUCUCUUCAUGCUUUCUGGAGGUCUAAAAGUCUUAUCUCAGAAAUUCCCAGAAGGACUGAUUACUGGCUCCCUACCAGCACAUUGCCAGCAGGCCCUUCCUCCUGGCUCUGCCCGGAAACGAUCCAGCCCCAAAGUGCCACCCCUACCCGCUGAGAAUAAAUGGAGAUUUACCCCAGAAGACUUAAAAAAGAUAAAAUAUUAUCUGGAAGAGGAUCAGGGUCCCACAGAAAAUUCUAGCCGGCUGAACCAAGUUAACUCUUCUGGAAGAGACUCCAAGGUGUCUAGUGCCCGCAGUGCUCAGAACCUGCCUGCUGGGGGCCCUGCCAGCCACUCGAACCCCCGCUCACUGGGCAGUGGACACCAGCAAGGCAAACCCUGGAAGUAAAGACUUUGUCUCACUUAGUCAAAUAAAUGUUUUUUUCUCUUUU